CCUUUAAAACUGGUAUUAGACAUAUCUAUGAAAAACUAUAAAUGAUCUCGAAAAAAUUCAAAAUAAUGAAAAUCAUUUCUCGGGAUUUAGUAUUCUGUUCCAGAAUCCCUAGAAAUCUUUAUCCCCUGGAAUGAGAAUAAAAAAUGUAUUUAUUGAUUACAUGUGUAAGCUAAUUAUUUAUGUUUAGUCGUAGAUUAUAUCUUAUUUAGUUAUGAUUUGGCCUGAUAUAUACAACUUUACAACAAUAUGUUUCAUUUAGCAUCAUAUGGAUGUAAAAGUUCUCAAAUAUUGUAUUCUACACAGUUCGUUAUAUUUUCCUGUGAUGUCAGUAGUUCUAAAUUUCUAGUUAAAUGUAUAAAUCAUGCUUUUUUUGUUGAAUACAAGUGUAUUUAUUUAAUUUACUCUACACGAAGUGCCUGAAUGAGUAGCUAGCAACAGUUUGAGUCACAUUCCAGGACGAUGAUAAAAUGUUUCUUCGAGUGUGGUACGAAACGAUUGGCAUUUUGCAAAUCUCAAGAUGCACUUAAAAUUGAGGCAAUAAAUUGAAAUUGAGAUGGAAAGUUCACACCCUCGGAUAUCGAUCCCUCCCUGUGCACCCACAUCAGCUACACCUUCUUCGGAAUCAGCGAUGCCGGCGAAUUCAAGUCCCUGGACACCUGGCUGGACAUGGACGAUGGACUGGGCUUUAUAAGCCAGACGAUUGCUCUGAAGCAGCGCAACCCGAACCUCAAGUUUUUGGCGGUGGUUGGCGGCUGGAAUGAAGGUUCCACCAAAUACUCGGCCAUGGCCGCCGAUCCUGCCAAGCGUGCCACCUUCGUCUUCACUUCCCUGGCUUUCAUUCAGCAGUACGGCUUUGAUGGCUUGGAUUUGGAUUGGGAGUACCCUGGACAGCGCGGAGGCAGUGAAGCGGAUCGCGAGAACUUCGUUACUCUGCUGCGCGAGAUUAAGGAGACCUACGAUCAAUAUGGUUUGGAGCUGGGUAUUGCUGUCGGUGCCUCCGAGAAAUCAGCCAGCAUCUCAUACGACAUUCCGGCCAUUUCGCAGCACUUGACUUUCAUUAACGUCAUGACUUACGACUUCCACAUGGCUCUGGAUGGCUAUCUGGGAUUGAACGCUCCUCUGCCCGAGGUCGCCGAAUCCAUUGACUAUUGGCUUUCUCAUGGUGCGCCCGCUGAGAAGCUUAUUCUGGGCAUUGGCUUCUACGGACACAGCUACCAGAUGUCCGAUAGCUCACAGAACUGGCCCGGAGCUGCGUGCAUUGGUCCCGGAUCUGCUGGCGUCUACACGCGGGAGAACGGAUUCCUGGGCUACCACGAGAUCUGCCUGAACAACUGGCAAACCGUGUUCGAUCAGGAGAACGGUGCUCCAUAUGCCUUCCAGGGUGAUCAGUGGAUCGGCUAUGACAAUCCCGAAAGCAUCCAGCUGAAGAUGCAGCUGGUCGAGUCCCGCAAUCUGGGUGGUGCUAUGAUGUGGUCCAUUGAGACGGAUGAUUUCCGUGGUCUGUGCGGCGAGUCCUAUCCCCUGCUGAAGACCAUGAACCGUGCUCUGGGCAGGGAAGUGAAUGGAGGAGGUGGAGGCGGCGGAGGAGGAAGUGUUACUCCCUCUCCAACUUCUGCUCCCACUCCGGCACCCACUACGGCUUCCACUCCCGGUGGUGGAAGCGGUGGCAACGGGUGUGGCCUAGAUGGUUUCUUUGUUGUGGAAGGCAACUGCAAUAAGUUCUACCAGUGCAUCGGUGGCGUCCGUUUCGACUUCCAAUGCGGAGCAGGGCUGUGCUUCAAUACCAGUACCAACAAUUGCGACUGGCCAUAAAAUGUCGAUUAAAUGAAUAGCAUAUGAAAAUAAACAAACAUGGCAAUUAA